UCUUCCGUUUGUCAGCUUAGUCGUAGUUACUUUAUUAUUCGCUUUGUGCGUUGUCUUUAACUGUGUCUAAUUUUUUGACUAACGCUGUUGAUUUUGUCCUCGAAUCUGUCUAUGUCUGUCUCAUUCUCUCUGUAACACAUUAAGUAUUAACAGGAAUUAAUUAAAACUACUGUAGACAAGUAGUAGGCUAUUUCUACUAGGCUUUUUUUUUGCCUCUUUGAUCCUAUCUCUUCAUCUUAAACACAUUUGUUCCUAGUAGAUUUUACAGGUUUCAUCAUGCAGGACGAGGCUCACACCUAAAGUUUAGUUUGUUGAUGACAUCCUCUGCAUUGUUGGUAUUGCUGAUCCUUCAGUUUGGAUUUGGACAAAGCUCUCAUAAACAUCUCCAUGAUGAUCAUUAUACUGGCCAGCAGCACAACCCUGAACAUGACAUGAACAUCCUGCUGGGAGAUGAGGACACUGAGGAGAUAAAGAAACUUAGCCCAGCAGAGCAGGGGAAAAAGAUGAUGGAAAUUGUGAAGCGGAUUGAUACAAAUGCUGACCAUCUGCUAAAUGCAGAGGAGGUCACGCUAUGGAUUCAGCACGUCUACAGAAAAUAUGCUCUGGAUGAUGCAAAGGAGCAUUUCCCUGAGUUUGACACUGACAAAGAUGGUGUUGUUACAUGGGAGGAAUACAACAUGGUCGCUCAUGACCAGCUCAUUAGUUUUGAUGACACCGCUGUUCUGGAGGAUCCAGAGCAGGAGUCUCUCAGACACCUCCACCUGAAGGAGAGAAGGCGCUUUGACUUUGCUGACGUGGAUGGCACACCGGGGCUUAAUGUGAUGGAGUUUCUUGCCUUUACCCAUCCGUCUGAAGUGGAUCAUAUGGCUGAUUUUGCCAUCGAAGAUGUGUUGAGUGAAUAUGACACCGAUAAAGAUGGACUCAUCAGUCUGAAUGAAUUCAUUGGAGAUGUCCGUGGUGAUGAGGAGUCCCCGUCACAGUGGGAAAUUGAAGAAACUGUGCGGUUUAAAGACCUCUAUGAUCAAGAUCAGGAUGGCAAGUUGAAUCGAGGCGAGCAGCUCCGCUGGGUGGCACCCAAUAGCUACGGCUCAGCAAGAGAAGAGGCUCUUCACCUCAUCAAGGAAAUGGACCACGAUGGAGACGGACACAUCUCAGAGGCUGAAGUUUUGAAAAAUCAAGAAACGUUCAUGAACAGUGAAGUGACAGACUAUGGCAGACAGCUGCAUGUAUCACAUGAUGAACUAUAACUGUACUUUAUGUUCUUUUCUUUUUUUUUGUCAUUUGUUUUCAGGAAAUUGUAAUGAUAUUUAUUUCCUGUGUUGUACUUCAACAGUAGUGGAUUUGCAUCAUUGUUGAUCUUAUACGCUAACAAUCAUUUGCAAUAUUGAAUUAAAUAGACAAAAUAAUAGAUAAACAUUUUUCACACAACACUUGGACAGUUACGCACCUCCCAAAACAGGCCUGUUAAAUUGUAUUACAUAAUAUUGUAAGCAGUUCUGUUAUUUUGUCCAUUUUACAUGCAACUACUUCUGAAGAACAGGGAGGUUCAACUGGGAGAAUGAUUGUAACCACUUUUUAAGGACGAGUUUGUUUUGAUUACAUUUUACAGCAGGUUUGUUGAGCUAUUUCAUCAUUAGUGAUUCUUUCACAUGUGCCAAAAGUGAGCUGAUGCAUGUAUCAGUCCAGUUGUGGCAACCGCUGGCAUGUUGCAGCUCUUCCUCAUUUACAUCAAAUGAGUAAGAGAGUGAGUGUUGCAGCUUAACUGCUGGUUUCCUGAAUGUGUCAUGAUCCGUUUCACUUGCAUUAAGCAACGGCCUGUUACACUGCUGGCUGCUUUAAAGUGACUUAAAGCUGAGUGGAUUCUCCAACAGGGACUAUUGUUAACCACUGCCAAGAUGACAUUACAAUUUAAAGAUGCCUUUUGGGUGAGUCGGUGUGACGCUACUAAGCCAUACUUUUUAUUUUUUGAUGUUUAUGUAUAGAGCUCAAGUUGUCCAUAAGUUUUUACUCAGCUGUGAAAGUCAGUGUUGUUGUUUUUAGUAUGUUCACUGGGGUUUUGAGGUAAUAUCUGUCGUGUGCCUGUCCACUUCUACUGUAUUUAUGCCUUUCAUUUUGUCUGGACCGUAUCUACUCUACCAUAUAGGCUACUAGUAAUGGAUUUCGUUAUCUGUAUCUUUUACUACAGUUGGCUGAACACUUUGUCUUGUCUUUAGAAUUAUAAUCUUUGCUUUAUUUCCUUUUUCUACCUUUGAAACUCGCUGAACAGGUACUGAAUUGUUGCUUGGAUUAAAACAUUAACUAUGUAUGCAGUCUUGA